UAAGACACCUUUUAAAAAAUAGAAGAGAAUUCAAGUGGUGGAUGUUUCAAACCGUCACUGUUUCUUCUUCUUCUUCUUCUUUCUCAAAAUUCUGUGUUUAUUGCAUCUUCUUCACCAACUAAGUAUUUCCUAAACUCAUCUCAACAAAAUGGCAUCGUUUUUGUCUCUCCCUGUCAUUUCUCCUCGUCUCAUUCCCACCGCUUUCUCUCUCAAACGACCUUUCAUUAAGCCUCCUCCACCCACUUUGCAUUUCAAAAAUCCCAGAUUUGCAGUUAGCUGCAGUUAUGCGGGAGCAGGUCUUGCUGGUGAUUUUGAAUCAUCAACGUCGACUAUAGAUGUUUUGGCUGAUGUUAAAAGUGAAAAGAUUGUAGUAUUGGGAGGAAAUGGGUUUGUUGGUUCUGCCAUAUGCAAGGCAGCAGUAUCCAAGGGCAUAGAAGUCAUAAGCUUAAAUAGAUCAGGACGUCCUAAUUACUCGGAUUCAUGGGUAGAUCAGGUUACUUGGGUUUCAGGAGAUGUUUUUUAUGUAAACUGGGAUGAAGUACUUCCUGGAGCUACUGCAGUAGUCUCAACCCUUGGAGGUUUUGGUAGCGAGGAACAAAUGAUUAAAAUUAACGGCGAGGCAAAUAUUGUGGCUGUGAAUGCUGCAAAGGAAUACGGAAUUCCCAAAUUCAUAUUGAUCUCAGUUCACGACUAUAACUUGCCAUCGUUUCUACUUUCAUCGGGGUACUUCACAGGAAAGAGGAAAGCAGAAUCUGAGGUUCUAUCCAAAUUCCCUAAUUCAGGUAUUGUGUUAAGACCAGGUUUCAUAUACGGGAAAAGGAAAGUGGAUGGUUUCGAGAUUCCUUUGGAUUUGGUAGGGGAACCAGUUGAGAGAAUUCUAAAAGCAGUAGAGAACUUCACAAAACCUUUAAGCUCACUUCCUGCUUCUGAUCUACUUUUGGCUCCACCAGUUAGUGUCGAUGAUGUUGCAUCGGCAGUUAUCAAUGGCAUCGCAGAUGAUGAUUUCUUUGGUGUUUUUACAAUUGAUCAGAUCAAGGAAGCUGCUAAAAAUGUAAGGGUAUGAUCCACAUAUAUAAAGCUGUUAAAUGUAUAUCUUUUUUCUUUUAUUUAUUGUUUAUGAUUAUACCAUUCGUGUGUGAAAUUCUGAUACCAUCUUUAAGGCCGUUCAAUAUGUGAAUACAAGCUAUACUGAUUCUAAAGUAUAAGUACAUGUAUUGUUAUAAACAUUUUGACCUUAUUAGAAAUUACUAAUUCGUAGUUUGUGAAA